CACCGUCCUUCAUCGACACAACCUUCCAAACCUCAGCCAACUGCCCUGGUAGAAUGCCUCGGUCUAAGGAGACAGAUGAACUUAUUUUCUUUGUGAAUGGAAGAAAAGUCAUCGAGAAGAAUGCAGACCCUGAGGUGAACUUAUUGUUCUAUCUGAGAAAAACUCUCCAACUCACAGGAACCAAAGAUAGCUGUGGUGGCGGGAACUGCGGUGCCUGCACAGUGAUGAUCUCAAGAUAUGAUCCCAUCUCCAAGAAGAUCAGUCACUUCUCUGUUGCCGCCUGCCUGGUGCCUAUCUGCUCUCUUUAUGGGGCCGCCAUCACCACUGUGGAAGGAAUAGGAAACACCAAGACCAGGAUUCACCCUGUCCAGGAAAGGAUCGCCAAAGGCCAUGGCACCCAGUGUGGAUUCUGCACCCCAGGCAUGGUGAUGAGUAUUUACACUCUCCUAAGGAAUCACCCACAACCGUCCACAGAGCAGCUAAUGGAAUCUUUGAGUGGCAAUUUAUGUCGCUGUACUGGAUACAGACCCAUUGUGGAGAGUGGGAAAAGUUUUAUUUCCAGUUCAUCUUGCUGCCAAAUGAAUGAAAAAGGGAGAUGUUGCUUGGAUCAAAAAGAAAAUAAACCUGAGAACAAAUCCAAUGUCUGUGCCAAAUUGUAUGAGAAAGAAGAAUUUCAACCAUUGGAUCCAACUCAAGAGCUUAUAUUCCCUCCUGAGCUAAUGAGGAUGUUAGAGAAUCCUCAAAAGAAAAUUCUGACAUUUCAUGGGGAGAGGAUUACCUGGAUUAUCCCAGGAACGCUGAGAGACCUCCUGGAACUAAAAACAGAGUACCCCAAUGCUCCUCUUGUAAUGGGGAACACUGCUCUCGGACCUGACAUGAAGUUCAAAGGUGUUUUCUAUCCAAUUAUCAUCUCCCCUGCAAGGAUCUCAGAAUUGUUGACAAUAUCAAAGACAAAAGAAGGACUGACUCUGGGUGCAGGCCUCAGCCUGGCACAGGUGAAGAACAUCCUAGCCGACGUGGUCACCAAGCUCCCAGAGGAGAAGACACAGACGUACCGCGCUCUGCUGAAACACCUACGAACCCUGGCUGGGCAACAGAUCAGGAACAUGGCAUCCUUAGGUGGUCAUAUUGUUAGCAGACAGCCAAUCUCUGAUCUCAACCCCAUAUUAGGGGUAGGCAAAUGCAUUCUCAAUGUUGCUUCCAAAGAAGGAGCGCAGCAAAUUCCUUUAAAUGAUCAUUUUCUGUCUGGAGCAACAAAUGCAAGUCUGAAGCCAGAACAUGUCCUAGUUUCUAUUUUCAUUCCAGUCUCCGAGAAGUGGGAGUUUGUGUCAGCUUUCAGACAAGCUCCAUGUCAACAAAAUGCCCUCGCAGUUGUAAACACAGGGAUGAGAGUCCUUUUCAAAGCGGACACAACCACCAUUGUGGACCUGAACAUCUUAUAUGGAGGGCUUGGCCCUACAACAGUCAGUGCAAACAAAUCCUGCCGACAGCUAAUCGGAAGAUGUUGGGAUGAAGGAAUGUUAAAUGACGCUUGCAGACUGGUUCUAGAAGAAAUCGCCCCUCCCCAGUCAGCCCCUGGAGGAAUGGUGGCAUAUCGAAGGACUCUCGCCAUCAGUUUCUUCUUCAAAUUCUACUUGGAUGUUUUGCAGCAGUUGAGGAUGAGGGACCCACGUGGCUAUCCUGGUCUCUCUAAAACACUCAUCAGCGUCCUGGAAGAUUUUCCUUUGGCCAUUCCCCAGGGGAUGCAAUCAUUUGAGUGUGUAGAUCCCCAGCAGCCUCCUCAUGACCCAGUGGGCCGCCCCAUCAUGCAUCAGUCUGGCAUUAAGCAUGCCACAGGAGAGGCUAUAUUUUGUGAUGAUAUGCCUGUUUUGGCAGAGGAACUCUUCCUGGCUGUGGUAACCAGCACCAGGCCACAUGCUAGAAUCAUUUCCAUUGAUGCCUCUGAGGCCCUGGCAUUGCCUGGUGUGGCUGAUGUGAUCACUGCUCAAGAUGUUCCUGGUAACAAUGGCAGUGAAGAAGAAAGGCUGUACGCGCAGGAUGAGGUGAUUUGUGUGGGGCAGAUUGUCUGUGCUGUGGCUGCCGAUUCAUAUGCCCAUGCAAAGCAGGCAGCAAAAAAAGUAAAGAUUGUGUACCAAGACUUGGAGCCCGUCAUUGUGACCAUUCAGGAUGCAAUACAGCACAAAUCAUUCAUUGGACCUGAGAAAAAACUAGAACAAGGAAAUGUUGAAGAGGCAUUUCAGUGUGUUGAUCAAAUCAUUGAAGGGGAAGUGCACUUUGGAGGACAGGAACAUUUUUAUAUGGAAACUCAGAGUGUCCGUGUGGUACCCAAGAAAGAGGAUAAAGAAAUAGACAUAUAUGUGUCAAGCCAGGAUGCAGCAUUUACCCAGGACAUGGUAGCUUGUACCUUGGGCAUUCCAAAGAACAGGAUCAACUGCCAUGUGAAAAGGGUUGGUGGUGCCUUUGGAGGAAAAACAAGCAAGUCUGGACUUCUGGCAGCAGUGGCAGCUGUGGCAGCACACAAAACCGGCUGCCCAGUUCGCUUUGUGCUGGAACGUGGGGAUGACAUGUUGAUCACUGGUGGUCGCCACCCACUGCUGGGGAAAUACAAGAUUGGCUUUAUGAACAAUGGGAAAAUCAAGGCUGCCGACAUUGAAUAUCACAUUAACGGAGGCUGCACACCAGAUGAUUCUGAACUGGUAAUAGAAUAUGCCUUGCUCAAAAUGGAAAAUGCUUAUAAGAUCCCAAACCUGCGAGUGAGAGGCAGAGCUUGCAAGACCAAUUUACCAUCCAAUACAGCCUUCCGAGGGUUUGGUUUUCCACAAGGAGCAUUUGUAACAGAGACCUGGAUGACAGCAGUAGCAUCUAAAUGCCACUUGCCACCAGAGACGGUUAGAGAGUUAAAUAUGUACAAAACAAUUGAUAAGACAAUUCACAAGCAAGAAUUUGAUCCAAAGAAUCUGAUAAAAUGUUGGCACAAAUGUAUGGAAAAUUCUUCAUACUCAAGCAGAAGGAAAGCUGUAGAGGAAUUUAACCAACAGAGUUUUUGGAAGAAGAGAGGAAUUUCCAUUAUCCCCAUGAAAUUCUCAGUUGGAUUUCCAAAGACAUUUUAUUAUCAGGCUGCUGCUCUGGUUCACAUCUACACAGAUGGGUCUGUAUUAGUUGCUCAUGGUGGAGUCGAACUGGGACAAGGUAUUAACACCAAAAUGAUACAGGUGGCCAGCCGUGAGUUACAGCUCCCAAUGUCUUACAUACACCUUGGCGAGAUGAACACCAUGACUGUGCCCAACACAAUUGCCACGGCAGCAUCCUCUGGGGCAGAUGUCAAUGGAAAGGCUGUGCAGAAUGCCUGUCAGACCCUCAUGAAACGCCUGGAACCCAUUGUCAGCCAGAACCCUAAUGGCACCUGGGAAGAGUGGGUCAAUGAAGCUUUUACUCAAAGUAUUAGUCUCUCUGCCACUGGAUAUUUCAGGGGCUAUGAAGUUCACAUGGACUGGGAGAAGGGAGAAGGUGACAUUUAUCCUUACUUUGUUUUUGGAGCUGCUUGUUCAGAAGUUGAAAUUGACUGUCUGACAGGUGCCCACAAGAACAUUAGAACUGACAUUGUAAUGGAUGCUUCUUUCAGUAUAAAUCCUGCUGUGGACAUAGGACAGAUUGAAGGGGCCUUUGUUCAAGGUCUUGGACUUUAUACCCUAGAGGAGUUGAAAUAUUCUCCAGAAGGAGUCCUCUAUACCCGUGGUCCAAAACAGUACAAGAUCCCUUCAGUUACUGACAUCCCAGAGGAGUUCCAUGUGUCCCUGCUGACAACAACCCAAAACCCAAAAGCAAUCUACUCCUCCAAGGGCCUAGGCGAGUCUGGAAUGUUUCUGGGGUCUUCAGUGUUUUUUGCCAUAGCUGAUGCUGUGGCUGCAGCUCGCAAGGAGAGGGGCCUGGCCCCACUUUUGACCAUGAACAGUCCAGCCACACCAGAGCAGAUUCGGAUGGCCUGUGUGGAUCAGUUUACAGAGCUGGUUCCACAAAUUGAUUCUGAAGGCUGUAAACCUUGGUCCAUCCCUGUUGCCUAAUGUUUUGUUUUCAAGAACAAACAUUAACUUUCUGACAGAUUUAAAGACUCAGCAGGUCACUAGUGUAAGCAUCUUUAUCUAAAAGAUAUGAUUUCUUUAUAUAAGAAAUUUGAGAGUUUUACGUAAGAAAUUCUUUAUAAAAGAAGGGAGCAAGUCUUACAUCUUCCUAUUUCAUAUUUACAAACUAUCUUGUAAUCUUCAAUUAUACAUAUAUAAGCAAGAUGUUGCUGAAACUUCAACAAAAAUAUGGUGUUUGAUUUGGUGUAAUCAGCAUAGUAUUUUUCAAUUGUGAACCAUUCUUCUAUCUGAUUCAGAUAAGAUAAAAGCCUAGACUACAAUGAUCUUGUUCUGAGAGGAAAAAAAAAGAAAUCAGGUUGAUUGCUGGCAGCUUGUGAAGUAUCUUAUUUAAGAUAAUGUUCUGCAUUAAAUACUGGUAUAUCAUAAGUGAUCAUUCAUAGCGCCUGUAAAGUCGGUAUUCACUUGCUUAUUUCAAUGCACAACUUUGCUGACAAUU